GUCACCAUAAUGUCAGAGCCAGUCGUGAUCCAGAAGGCAGCCCUGUGGCACCAUCACCAAUGAUCAGAUCUGUAACUCGGCCAGCAUGAGCCUUGGAUCAGAAAUGGAGAAGCCUGUAAGGCAGCAGCUGCUGGAAAUGCUGCAGGAUUUCGGAGAGGAAGACUUCGAACUUUUCCGCUGGCACCUUCAGAAUCCCGAGUUGCUGGAUGGAUUUGAAGCCAUCAAAAAGUGCAAUCUGGAGAAAGCAAACAGAAUGGUUACAGUGGAUUUACUUGUUGAGAUGUAUACCACUGAACACGUGAUGGAGGUUAUGAAUUUGAUACUAAAGAAGAUGAAGUUGAUUAACGGAGAACCUUCAAAAAAUGUGUUGAGAGACCAAUCAUCAGGUGCAGCUUCAUCACCUUCAACAGCCUCAGCAGAUGCUCUUCACAGUUGUCUCCCUAAAUUUAAGUCAAACUUGAAGAAGAAGUUCCAGUGUGUGUUUGAGGGAAUCGCUAAAGCAGGAAACCCAACCUUUCUGAACCAGAUCUACACAGAGCUCUACAUCACAGAGGGAGGAACUGCAGAAGUCAAUGAAGAACAUGAGGUCAGACAGAUUGAAACAGCAUCCAGGAAACCAAACAGGCCAGAAACAACCAUCAGACAAGAAGACAUCUUUAAACUCCCACCUGGAAGAGAUGAACCAAUCAGAACAGUGAUGACAAAGGGAGUGGCUGGCAUUGGGAAAACUGUCUUAACACAGAAGUUCACUCUGGACUGGGCUGAAGACAAAGCCCACCAGGACAUCCAGUUCUUGUUUCCACUGACUUUCAGAGAGCUGAAUGUGCUGAAAGAGGAAAAGUUCAGCUUGGUGGAACUUGUUCAUCACUUCUUCAAUGACACUAAAGAAAUAUUUGAUUUGGAUGAGUUUCAGGUUGUUUUCAUCUUUGAUGGUCUGGAUGAGAGUCGACUUCCUCUGGACUUCAGAAAAGUUCUGACCGACCCUAAGAAGUCCACCUCAGUGGAUGUGCUGCUGACUAACCUCAUCAGGGGGAAACUGCUUCCCUCUGCUCGCCUCUGGAUAACCACACGACCUGCAGCAGCCAAUCAGAUCCCUCCUGACUGUGUUGACAUGACAACAGAGAUCAGAGGGUUCACUGACCCUCAGAAGGAGGAGUACUUCAGGAAAAGGUUCAGAGAUGAGGAGCAGGCCAGCAGGAUCAUCUCCCACAUGAAGACAUCACGAAGCCUCCACAUCAUGUGCCACAUCCCAGUCUUCUGCUGGAUCACUGCUACAGUUCUGGAGGAUGUGCUGGAAACCAGAGAGGGAGGAGAGCUGCCCAAGACCCUGACUGAGAUGUACAUCCACUUCCUGGUGGUCCAGACCAAAGUCAAGAAGGUCAAGUAUGAUGGAGGAGCUGAGACAGAUCCACUCUGGAGUCCAGAGAGCAGGAAGAUGAUUGAGUCUCUGGGAAAACUGGCUUUUGAUCAGCUGCAGAAAGGAAACCUGAUCUUCUAUGAACCAGACCUGACAGAGUGUGGCAUCGAUAUCACAGCAGCCUCAGUUUACUCAGGAGUGUUCACACAGAUCUUUAAAGAGGAGAGAGGACUGUACCAGGAGAAGGUGUUCAGCUUCGUCCAUCUGAGUGUUCAGGAGUUUCUGGCCGCUCUUUAUGUUCGUCUGACCUUCAUCAAUACUGGAGUCAAUCUGUUUGAAGAGGAACAAAAAAUUUCAAAACUCUUUAAAGUCUUUGGGAAAAAGGUCAAAGUUAAACCCUUCAACCAGAGUGCUGUAAACAAGGCCUUACAGAGCCCAAAUGGACACCUGGACUUGUUCCUCCGCUUCCUCCUGGGUCUUUCACUGCAGACCAAUCAGAGUCGUCUACGAGGUCUGCUGGCAGAGACAGGAAGUAGCUCAGAGACCAAUCAGGAAACAGUCCAGUACAUCAAGGAGAAGAUCAGUGAGAAUCAUUCUGCAGAGAGAAGCAUCAAUCUGUUCCACUGUCUGAAUGAACUGAAUGAUCGUUCUCUAGUGGAGGAGGUCCAACAGUCCCUGAGAUCAGGAAGUCUCUCCACAGAGAACCUGUCUCCUGCUCAGUGGUCGGCUCUGGCCUUCAUCUUACUGUCAUCAGAACAAGAUCUGGAUGUGUUUGACCUGAAGAAAUACUCUGCUUCAGAGGAGGCUCUUCUGAGGCUGCUGCCAGUGGUCAAAGCCUCUAACAAAGCUUUACUGAGUGGCUGUAACCUCUCUUGGAGAAGCUAUGAAUCGUUGUCCUUAGUUCUCAGCUCUCACUCCUCCAGUCUUAAAGAGCUGGACCUGAGUAACAACGACCUUCGGGAUUCAGGAGUGAAGAAGCUUUGUGAUGGACUGAAGAGUUCACAUUGUAAAAUGGAAAUACUCAGCCUGUCAGGAUGUCUGAUCACAGAGGACGGCUGUGCCUCUCUGGCCUCAGCUCUGACCUCCAACCCCUCCCAUCUGACAGAGCUGGACCUGAGCUACAACCAUCCAGGAGACUCAGGAGUGAAGCUGCUGACUAGUAAACUGAAGGAUCCUCAGUGCAGACUCCAGACUCUCAGAAUGAAACCUGCUGGAGAACGAUGGUUGGCCCCAGGUCUGAGGAAGUAUUCAUGCCAACUCACCAUCAACACAAACACCGUGUACAACUACAUCAAACUGUCGGACAACAACAGGACAGCGACACACGUGGAGCAUGAGUUCCAGCAGUAUCCGGAUCAUCCAGACAGAUUUCACCAGCUGUGUCCUCAGCUGCUGUGCCGAGAAGGCCUGACUGGUCGGUUCUACUACGAGGUUGAGUGGAGAGGAGUGGUUAAUUUUGCAGUGAGUUACAGAGGAAUCAGCAGAAACGCCUUCGAUGACUCCUGUGAGUUUGGAAAGAAUGAUCAGUCCUGGAACAUGUCGCUCUAUGAUGGUUCACAUUACAAUGAGAAUAAAACAUCCGCCUCCUCAUCAUUGUCUAGCAGAGUGGCAGUGUACGUGGACUGUCCUGCUGGCACUCUGUCCUACUACAAAGUUUCCUCUGACACACUGACCCACAUCCAAACCAUCAACACCACAUUCACAGAAGCUCUUUUUCCUGGAUUUGGGUUUUGGUUCCAUUUACCUGGCUCAGUAAGCCUCAGCAGACAUAGAAAAAAAUAAAGUCUCUUCUGUUUGAUAAAACAGUCAGCAUAGAUUUCUCUUCAUGUCCUACUCUAAAGCGUAAAAAGAAAAGAGUUGAUCUGAUGAUGCCAUGGAAUGGAUGCAGGAGACAGAAGAAGGCUGGACGGAAAUUUAAUUUAAUGAAGACUCCUCAACACAAGCAACACAAAUAAGACUAAGCAACACCUGACACAGAGAACUGGCAACGAAGAAGAGAAAACCUGGAGCACGGAUACAGAGAGGAUGAUUACAGGAUGCAGACUUGGUGAUUAACCGGAAGUAUAGAGGACAGAAUACACAACAGGAAACAACUCGAAAUAAAACAAAACAGAGCUAAAUAAUAACAGAAAAACAGACAGCAAGAGAUCAAGAAAAGAAACCAGGGAUCAGACGAGCCGUGAACGUUGAUUUCGUGCUUGAAGUUCCUUCCAUUCAGCCACCAUGAAGGACUUUUCUGUAGGACGAUUUUACAAGAUACUUAAUGAUCAUUCUGGACUUUAAUUUUGCUUUUUACAGUUGAAUUGUUGUGCUUGGACGACUGUUGCUGUUAGCAUUAAUUUCACUUUUCAAGUUCUGCCAUGAAUUUGUUUUUUCUUUUCUUUGACUUAAACUGUAAACGAGAAAA